AUGUCUCAACCAAACCCCCACGAACGGAUCCAGGUUGAUACAAGCGACGAUGAUUCGCUCUUCGAUACCAGAUCCCUCGUGGGGUCCAACCUCUCCUUCGCCUCCUCCGUUCGCGACUACUGCUACGAGAACGGCCGUCGUUACCACGCCUACCGCCAUGGCCAAUACCCAUUUCCGAACGACGAAGAAGAACAAGAUCGCCUCGCUCUAGUCCACCACCUCUUCAAAUUAAUAUGCGGCGGCGACUUGUACCGAGCCCCGAUCCGUCCCCGCGACCAACAGCAUCUGCAACCCCUGCCCCACGCACAAGAUAACCAUAUCCCCGGGCCCGUCCCGCCCCGCCGAAUCUUAGACAUCGGCACCGGAACAGCAGAAUGGGCCCUAGAAAUCGGAGAAGAAUUCCCAUCAGCCGAGAUUAUUGGCACAGACCUAAGUCCUAUCCAACCAAGCUGGGUUCCGCCAAAUUGCCGAUUUUACAUCGACGACGCGGAAAGUGAUUGGACCUUUACGCCGGGCGAGGCAUUCGAUUACAUCCAUGCGCGAACCUUGGGAGGCGGGAUCGGAGACUGGCAGAAGCUUACUCGGCAGGCGUUACAGCAUCUUCGACCGGGCGGAUGGUUUGAGGUGCAGGAAUUUGAGUCGGUUGUAUGGUCUGAUGAUGACACGCAUAAACAGGCACAUAUUGUAAUGGAUUGGUUGGAGAAGUUGAAUGCGGCGAGUAAGCAGUUUGGAAAACCCAUGAAUGUUGGGGGGCAGGUUCAGAGCUGGAUGGAAGAGAGAGGGUUUGUGAAUGUUUCGGAUGAUAUUUAUAAGUGUCCUAUUGGAGGGUGGGCGAAAGAUCGUCAACUCAAGGAUAUUGGUCGCCUUGGAAAAGUUACUGUCUUGGAGGUUGUGGAGCCGUAUACCUUGGCUCUGUUCACAAGGGUGCUUGGGUUUACCUUUCAGGAGGCACAGGAAUAUAUGGAAAAGGUGCGAGCAGAGUUGAUGAGCACAAAGUUUCAUCUCUAUGUUCUUUUCCACUUUGUUUAUGGCCAACGACCAGUAGAGGAGAUAAACGGUCAUUCUCGUGAGGAACCCGUAUCCUGA